UUGUUCUCGGAGGGGUACACGCCGUACGGGUUGGAAAUCUGACAAAGUGAGAGAAACACGGGCAGCGGUAGAAGGAGCAGACUGGGACUGGAACCGCUGUGUGUACACACAUCUCUACUCUCACAGAUCGCUGUCAGCUUUGAUAACAUUUGUUUCUUUAAUACGUGAACGUGUUAGCCUCCGUGCCUCCUCAAACCUUACCGUUUUGUUUCUACCGAUUUAGUGGAUCCAGUUCUGCUCCGACUAGAAGAUGAAUUCAUUAGGCAGUUCUUCCAAAUGGCCAUCUUAUGACUCACUAAGCUCCACCUCCAGCCUCCUCUUCAGUGAGAGCGAGCAGACUGAGGAUGAGGCAGACGUCUCCUCAGAGGGAGAAGGGGACAGCGGAAUAAGAAAGAGUCUCACUGGUGACAACGGAAUGACACUCUCGGGGAAGUAUCUUGAUUUCCCAGCUCGUUCAGAUCAGCUGCUCUCAAGGUCUAAGAGCGACCAGCCUGAGUGCUGCCCUGAGGAAACGAAGCGUCCCGUCCAAGCCUCUCCUCAUGGAGCUGCCACGUUAGGCUCAUCUUCAGCGACACCUGGGGACCUGGCCUUCGCACAGAAAUGUGCAGAUUUGCGGAGGUUUAUCUGUCCUUUGCUUGAACUUCUACAAGGGCUAAAGACCGGACGAUUUGACAAAGGGCUAUCCAGUUUCCAGCAGAGUGUUGCCAUAGAUAGAUUGCACAGGAUUCUUGGAAUUCUACAGAGGCCUGAAAUGGGUGAGAAAUACCUCCAAAACCUGCUGCAGAUAGAGAUGAUGCUCAAAAUAUGGUUCCCUCGGGUGGCAUUUCAGUCCACAGAUAUACCAAGCCAGACCACCACUCCCAGUCGCCGACCACACUGGUGCCAAAAUCAGCUCCACAUGCCAGUUAAGAAGAGAAAGCUGAGCUGGUCAGACCCCGAAGACUCCAGCAAAGUCCCCACAAAGCAUAUGCACUAUCAACAUGGGAGCAGCCAGACUGCGACUCCACUCGACACAGCUUCCACACGUCUACCAGGAUCACCUCAGAAGCAGAGAGCUCCAGAGCAAAGAACAGUCGAACCAGCUGAGGGCAGCUGCGCAGCUGAACAUGAGUUUUCAUACAGCACUGUCACUUUAAGCAGGCCGUUAUAUUUAGGUUGCAAGAGAGCAAAUGAGAAUCUGAAGCAGUCUGAGGUUCCUCUGCCCGGCCCUGGUGAAAGCCUGGCGACACAGGACAGCUCAGUGUCCUCGAGUGACAUUAUGACUACAACCUAUUCAACUUAGCUGGCCUUAGAUGUCCUUGCCACCACAAGAAGGUGCCACUCUAUGCCAGCCAGAGUGAAGGCAGAGGGCAGACUUCAUUACAUAAGAAUAAAGUUUGACGCAGAGCAAGUCUUUGAUGGCUGCAAGGCAUGUAAAACCAGAAGAGGAGGAGGAGGAGGAGGAGGAGAAGGAGGAAUGCAGUGGUACACUCGUUAACCCUUAACUCUCCUGUGUGGUUUUUGAUUACACCAGACUUAUUGCUUUACAAUACCUGGAAGCGUGUAUUGUCUGUCUGUAUGAGUAUCACUUUUGUAUACUUUGACUUUUACAAAGUUAAAACGAUGUUGAAAAUACUUUUCAUGUGUAAUGUUUUAAAGCAGUCCCUGCUCUGUUUUGUAUUUUUUUACAUAAUGGAACGCAGCUCGACAGUAAUAGUUAAGGAUUUCAUGACAUUUGUGAAAAAAAGAAAAAAACAUCAAAAAGUUUAAAUGCUCCAUAUUUGCUGGUUUGUUCUUUUUGUUUCGAGGAUAUGAUAGGAACACAGUGCUACAUGGAGGAAAUAAUUGGCAGCUUGAUUUGUGGUGAAAAUAAUUGUUAGUUGCAGCCCUACUACAGUUACAAAAAAUUAACACAGAUGAUUAAAAAGGCAUUUAGGGAAAGUUAUAAUUGUAUUUUGCCAGCUGAUUGAUUGUAACAUAUGGUGGAGCAAAUGCAUGUAGCUGAUGCCAAAAUGUGCCAAACAAUCCCGUUAUGCAUUAUCAUAUCGUAUGCACCUUACUUCACUUUCACUACAUCUUUAUUUAUCAGCACGUAACAAACACACACACAAAACACAAGAUGUUUGUUUCUAUGUAAAUAAGAAAAGAUGUAGUUGCACUUAAAGUUAAAGAGCAAAAUGCUGCACAGGAAAUACCACAACCUGAUUGCUCAGUAAUGAUUGAGGCAGUUGAGGAAAUACGAGCUCCUUGGCUAGAUGCUAAUAUCAGUCAGUUACUCCAUUAACUAGCCUGAACUUUAUUUUUUAUAUUGAGUUUUAAGUGACUAUAUUUUUAUACUUUAGAAAAGGCAUAAUAUAUUUGAUCCCUCAUACAUUGGAAUGGAUUUACCUGCAUUUUGGAUGACAAUUUGUAAACAUCAAAGAGUUGUGAUAUAACUUAUUAAAAAACUGUUUAAGAAUAUCAGUACUUGAAAAUGUUGAUUCCGUCGACAGAUGGAUGCUUUACAGGUCCUUGAUACUUAUUUAGUUUAAAUUUAGCUUAUUGCCAUUAUUCUUUUUUUCACAGAAAAUGCAAAGACAUUACAAGGGGAAGAAUAGUUGCUGUGUCUCAUAUCAAAUUUGUGCUUUACUAUUAUUUAUAUUAUCACGGGGAUUUGAUUAACUAAACUAUUUUCAUUCUCGAGCACACAACUUAUUUUUUGAUAGCAUUUGGCCAUUUGCACCUCCACAUUUUAAAUCAUAUAUCAUUCAUGUUGAAUGGUGUUUAUUCUAUGGUGGUUUAUCACCAGUCAGCCUUACUUUUUAGACCUAAAGGAAUCCAGAAACUUGCCUGAAACUCCGUCAUCAGUUAUUCAAACCGUAUAAUAUUUCUUUAAUGAUAGUAAAGUCUUCUUUUCACCACAUAUGUCAUAGCAAACCAAAUGUGCUACUGUGUAGAUGUAGAUCCAAUGUAAUUUGCAGAGGAUCUUAGUUAUGUUAUUUAAAAUGAAAACUAGGGAUUUAGAGUAGAGUUGUGUUGUUUUGGAUAGUAAGAGGUUGCAUCCCCCAGUACAGGGUUUGCUGUGCUGUGUUACACAGCUUCCAUUUGUGAAAAGGAGAGAAACUAAACUUAGAGUAAAAAUCUUAUUUACCAGUUUUACAUCUUUCAUUUUUCUUGUUUUUAUUUUCCUUUGUUUCUUGUAAUGACAUUUUCAUUAUUGACGAGUGAUUGAAAAACACAUACUUUUUCUAUAUUAAACAAAUGGUAUGGUUCAUCAAAAUGCAGCAUGUUUGUUGAUUUCUGGAAUGAAAAACACUGACAGACAAAGCUCGUCUGAAGUCGGUCAGAAUAAUUACAU